UUACAUGGCGCUCUCCCAUUGGCCAAUCCCCACCCCACCAAUCACAUCCCUCCCUCCCCUCCCCUCAUAUCGCCAACAUCUGUCACUCCUUUCCUGCACCAACUUUCCUCCUUCCUCUUCGCUUUUUUUUCUCAGAUUUCCAAUCCCUACCUCGAUUCCCGAUGAUUGCCGUAAAUUGACGAAUUCUAGCUCGAUCGAUGCGGCGUUGCACGGAUAGAUCCGUUGAUAGUAAUAAUCAGACUGUUUUGAGCCGGAUAAUGCUCCGAUUCCGGCCGAUCGCGCCGAAGCCGGCCGGUGAGGACGCCGGAUCCGCCGCGGCGGACCCGGCGAAGCGAGAUCUCGCCGGUAGGAGAGUGAAACGGAAGUACGUCAGGAUUCGUAAGAGGAGAUGUAAGAGUAAGGUUUCGGAGGGAGGAAAUCCGCCGUCGCCGCCUGAGAGAUCCGCCGUCGACGACGCUCCGCCGCCGCAGAAGCGAGCGGUCACUCUCCAGCUCCUCGGCGAUGGAUCUGGCUCUGAGAGGGAGAUGAAGUGGAGAGAUCUGGAUGACGGAGCGGUUACGGCGGGGAUAGGGCGGAGGAUGGCGGAUCUGAGCAGUUACGGAGGCGGAUCUGUGAUAGCGACGUGGAUCGUGGUGGAAGGCGUGACGGUGACGGAGAAGUUCACGGAGUUAGCGACGGUAGGGUUAGGAUUUUCGGAUGAGGAGAGGAUUCACAAUCUGGAGAAGGACACGUGUCCUGGAUUCAUAUCGGAUCACACGAACAACGUGAUCUGGACGAACGCCGCUUAUAAGAGAAUGGUAGCGGCGGACGAAGACGGCUCCGCGGAGGCGGAGAAGGGGGUUUUGGUGUGGCUGGUGGUGAAGGAGGAUUUGCCCCAUUUUUGCCCCUCGUUUGCAUGCAGAGUUAGGGUCACUCAACAGAACGGCCAGGGGCAAAAGUGGAAUAAAAUUGUGCCGUGCGAUGUUUGGAGAAUGGAAUUUGCCGGAUUUGCAUGGAAAUUGGACGUCAAUACCGCCCUCAGUUUAGGCUUCUGAGGAUUUUUCCAGGAGGAUUAUUACUCAUCAAAUGGUCUUUUCUAGAGUUCCAUAAAAUGGUGUAAGAAUAUUUCUUAGGAAUAAUCCAAAAUUCAAAGUGCAAUUAUUUGUAAGUAAUUAUAUUCAUGGUCUUCAUUGUACAAGAUGUUAAGAGUAUAAUAAUUCUUCUUCCGAGAUAGUUUUAUCGUUUGUCCUGUUCCCAUGCAUGCUUUGCAUGAUACUUGAACAAUAGUGAUAUAAAUAUAUACAGUAUCAUAAUUAUAGAUAAUGAAACUAACAAAAUGUUCAUGGUCGAAAACACAAAAUUUGGACAACCAAAAUAUACUAC